AUGACGUUCAAAUUACUGAAAAAUCUGCACAGUUUAACACAAAUACACAGAGGCAUCUUAUCAACAACACCAUCCUCAACUUCUGAAUCAUCUACACCAGUAGCCACAACAAUCAUCUCCACUCCAUUAGAGACAAGUGAAUCAACAAUUGUUUCAACAUCUGAGAAGUCAACUUCGACUCUGGUUACCGCGGAAUUGAGCACAGAAUCUCUAUCCACAACACCAUCCUCAACUUCUGAAUCAUCUACACCUGUAGCCACAACAGUCAUCUCCACUCCAUUAGAGACAAGUGAAUCAACAACUCUUUCUACGUCUGAGGAGUCAACUUCGACUCUGGUUACCACUAAAUUGAGCACAGCAUCUCUAUCAACAACACCAUCCUCAACUUCUGAAUCAUCUACACCAGUAGCCACAACAAUCAUCUCCACUCCAUUAGAGACAAGUGAAUCAACAAUUGUUUCAACAUCUGAGAAGUCAACUUCGACUCUGGUUACCGCGGAAUUGAGCACAGAAUCUCUAUCCACAACACCAUCCUCAACUUCUGAAUCAUCUACACCUGUAGCCACAACAGUCAUCUACACUCCAUUAGAGACAAGUGAAUCAACAACUCUUUCUACGUCUGAGGAGUCAACUUCGACUCUGGUUACCACUAAAUUGAGCACAGCAUCUCUAUCAACAACACCAUCCUCAACUUCUGAAUCAUCUACACCAGUAGCCACAACAAUCAUCUCCACUCCAUUAGAGACAAGUGAAUCAACAAUUGUUUCAACAUCUGAGAAGUCAACUUCGACUCUGGUUACCGCGGAAUUGAGCACAGAAUCUCUAUCCACAACACCAUCCUCAACUUCUGAAUCAUCUACACCUGUAGCCACAACAGUCAUCUCCACUCCAUUAGAGACAAGUGAAUCAACAACUCUUUCUACGUCUGAGGAGUCAACUUCGACUCUGGUUACCACUAAAUUGAGCACAGCAUCUCUAUCAACAACACCAUCCUCAACUUCUGAAUCAUCUACACCAGUCGCCACAACAAUCAUCUCCACUCCAUUAGAGACAAGUGAAUCAACAAUUGUUUCAACAUCUGAGAAGUCAACUUCGACUCUGGUUACCGCGGAAUUGAGCACAGAAUCUCUAUCCACAACACCAUCCUCAACUUCUGAAUCAUCUACACCUGUAGCCACAACAGUCAUCUCCACUCCAUUAGAGACAAGUGAAUCAACAACUCUUUCUACGUCUGAGGAGUCAACUUCGACUCUGGUUACCACUAAAUUGAGCACAGCAUCUUUAUCAACAACACCAUCCUCAACUUCUGAAUCAUCUACACCAGUAGCCACAACAAUCAUCUCCACUCCAUUAGAGACAAGUGAAUCAACAAUUGUUUCAACAUCUGAGAAGUCAACUUCGACUCUGGUUACCGCGGAAUUGAGCACAGAAUCUCUAUCCACAACACCAUCCUCAACUUCUGAAUCAUCUACACCUGUAGCCACAACAGUCAUCUCCACUCCAUUAGAGACAAGUGAAUCAACAACUCUUUCUACGUCUGAGGAGUCAACUUCGACUCUGGUUACCACUAAAUUGAGCACAGCAUCUCUAUCAACAACACCAUCCUCAACUUCUGAAUCAUCUACACCAGUCACCACAACAAUCAUCUCCACUCCAUUAGAGACAAGUGAAUCAACAAUUGUUUCAACAUCUGAGAAGUCAACUUCGACUCUGGUUACCGCGGAAUUGAGCACAGAAUCUCUAUCCACAACACCAUCCUCAACUUCUGAAUCAUCUACACCUGUAGCCACAACAGUCAUCUCCACUCCAUUAGAGACAAGUGAAUCAACAACUCUUUCUACAUCUGUGGAGUCAACUUCAACUCUGGUUACCACUAAAUUGAGCACAGAAUCUCUAUCAACAACACCAUCCUCAACUUCUGAAUCAUCUACACCAGUAGCCACAACAAUCAUCUCCACUCCAUUAGAGACAACAGUUGAAGGACCGAUUAUUGUCAAGACAGAAAAUCCAAACCAAGCCUUACCACCAAAGGUUUUUAAUGUAACCUUCACCAUAACAAGUCAACCAUUCUACCCGGAUUUACAAAAUCAAAAUUCCAACCUUUAUACCAAUAGAUCUGAGAUCAUCAUUCGCUUGCUCAACAAUCUGUACAAUCACAGCAACAUUAACUCCAAAUUCCAAGGCUGCACAAACGUAUAUUUCCGGUAA